AUGAUUCCUAAUGGAUAUUUGAUGUUUGAAGAUGAAAACUUCAUUGAGUCAUCUGUUGCCAAACUAAAUGCCUUACGUAAAAGUGGUCAGUUCUGUGAUGUCCGUCUCCAGGUAUGUGGACAUGAGAUGUUGGCACACCGAGCCGUGCUAGCUUGCUGCAGUCCCUACCUGUUUGAAAUCUUCAAUAGUGAUAGUGAUUCUCAUGGAAUUUCCCAUGUUAAAUUCGAUGAUCUCAAUCCAGAAGCUGUUGAAGUUCUGUUGAAUUACGCCUAUACUGCUCAGUUGAAAGCUGAUAAAGAACUGGUGAAAGAUGUGUACUCUGCAGCAAAGAAGUUGAAGAUGGAGAGAGUUAAGCAGGUUUGUGGUGACUAUUUGCUCUCCAAGAUGGAUGUUCAGAGCUGCAUCUCUUACCGAAACUUUGCAAGUUGUAUGGGAGACUCACGUUUGUUGAACAAGAUUGAUGGCUACAUUCAGGAACAUCUUUUACAGAUUUCAGAACAGGAAGAAUUUCUCAAACUUCCACGGUUAAAGCUUGAAAUAAUGCUGGAAGACAAUGUUGGCCUACCCAGCAAUGGCAAAUUGUACACAAAGGUAAUCAACUGGGUACAGCGCAGCAUCUGGGAGAAUGGAGACAGCCUGGAAGAUCUAAUGGAAGAGGUUCAAACGCUGUACUACUCAGCUGAUCACAAGCUGCUUGAUGGAAAUCUGCUAGAUGGACAGGCUGAGGUGUAUGGCAGUGAUGAUGACCACAUUCAGUUUGUGCAGAAGAAGCCACCACGUGAGAAUGAUCACAAGCAGAUUAGUAGCAGCUCCUCUGGAAGUCUCUCUCCAAAUGCUACUGUUCAGAGUCCUAAACAUGAGUGGAAAAUCAUUGCUUCAGAGAAAACUUCAAGUAACACCUACCUGUGUCUUGCUGUUCUGGAUGGUGUGCUGUGCGUGAUAUUCCUGCACGGCCGUAACAGCCCUCAGAGCUCUCCCACGAGCACGCCGCGACUGCUGAAGAGUCUGAGUUUUGAGCUUCAACCAAACGAUAUCAUAGAGAAGCCCAUGUCUCCAAUGCAGUACGCUCGGUCUGGGCUGGGCACAGCAGAACUUAACGGCAAGCUGAUUGCUGCAGGUGGCUAUAACAGAGAGGAAUGUUUGCGCACGGUGGAAUGCUACGAUCCGCAAAAGGACACUUGGACUUUCAUUGCACCGAUGAGGACACCAAGAGCUCGGUUCCAGAUGGCAGUUUUAAUGGGGCAACUGUAUGUUGUGGGUGGGUCAAAUGGUCACUCGGAUGACUUGAGCUGUGGUGAAAUGUAUGAGCCUGAAAUAGAUGACUGGACUCCUGUUCCAGAACUGAGAACCAAUCGCUGCAAUGCAGGUGUAUGUGCCCUGAAUGGAAAGCUGUACAUCGUUGGUGGUUCAGAUCCUUAUGGCCAAAAGGGACUUAAGAACUGUGAUGUGUUUGAUCCCAUAACAAAAUCUUGGACAAGCUGUGCUCCCCUUAAUAUCCGGAGACAUCAGUCUGCAGUGUGUGAGCUGGGUGGAUAUUUAUACAUCAUUGGAGGAGCGGAAUCGUGGAACUGCCUGAAUAGCGUGGAGCGUUACAAUCCCGAGAACAACACUUGGACCCUGAUUGCACCCAUGAACGUGGCUCGACGAGGAGCUGGCGUGGCUGUUCGUGACGGAAAACUCUUUGUUGGUGGAGGCUUCGAUGGCUCUCACGCGGUGAGCUGCAUGGAGAUGUACGACCCUGCGAAGAACGAGUGGAAGGUGAUGGGAAGUAUGACUACUCCGAGGAGCAACGCCGGCAUUACGACGGUGGCAAACACUAUUUAUGCAGUUGGGGGAUUCGAUGGCAAUGAAUUCUUGAACACAGUUGAAGUCUACAAUCCAGAGUCAAAUGAAUGGAGCCCCUACACAAAAAUUUACAAGUUUUAAGUGGAUUAAAUUCCCUUUUCAAACUAACAGGCUUAGUGAUGUAAUUGUGUUUGAGUAGAGGUACACGUGUGAAUAGGGUUGGGGAGGGCAGAGAUGUUGCCAACAGCAACACAGAGCUUUUGCAUAUUGCAUAUUAAUGUGCUGUACAUAUUUGUUUUGGAAAGAAUAUCAAGAUGAAGGGGGUUUUGUGUAUUCUAGAACUUUGUUUUAGGGUUUUUUGUGGUUUUUUUUUUUUUUUUAAGAUUUUUUGAAGAUAAUGCAAGAGAAACUAGACCGGGCAUAUCAUUUUAGGAGCUUCCCCCAGGGUUUGUUUUGUCACUUUGCACAUUAA